CUUGUUCCUUCCCUCGCAAUAUCGCGGAGUUAUGUGGCUUCCCUGCUUUGGGGCUGGUGACAUUUCUUCAUCCCAUUAUCCCUGUCAUCCGUCUGCGCGCCAAACGACCCUCGUAUAUCCUUCCUCGCCCUCCUCUGGUAUCACGUUGUCAUGGUUAUUUUUACACCUCACUCCUCUGUGCUCAGUUCAUUUCUAUAGCCCUCGUGGCCUUUUGCAAUACGCUGGAUUGUGCUGUUUUUGUGGCGGAUCAGGUGGUGGUGAUUCUCUCUCGAUAUCGCCGCGCCUGUGAUCGACCCGUGGCUUAUUCAAGUCUUGGAUGCUCGGCUCAAAUGGAAGCGUCUUGAACUCCAUUGGCACUUCGAGGCCUUUGUAGCCCUCCUUCCCACUACUCCAGAUGCCUCCAGAUGCCCCUCCCGAGCGUGGUCGGUCGACCGUCCGCCGGGAUGAGAGCAUUGCCCAACAGACCGCGACCGGCUCCUCCGACGAUCGUUCUGCGAGAAGACGCUCCACCAGACGCCGGUCGUCUUCGAGUCCUUCGUCGAACAACGAAAAGGCAAGACCAAAGAUAGAAAAAUGGACAUUGGGCAUAUUGAACGACAAGGAGACCGAGGAGGUCCCCGGAACAGUCCUACUGCUGUCCUCCAACCGCAAUGAACCUCUGGGUCUCGAAUAUCAGCCUGGCCGGCGGAGCAGUUCCUCCAUGCCGGCCCAGCCCAUAUCACCUAGGCGUCUGUCGGUGGCAUCCAAAAAGAGAACAAAGGACGGCCAAGUCAUCCUGGAUCCGCAGCCAGACGACUCGCUGAAUGAUCCUCUCAACUGGCCCGCAUGGAGACGCGACAUUGCACUCCUUUCUCUGGGGUUCUACUGCAUGUUGGGCGGCGGUAUGACACCCAUUCUAGCCGCUGGGUUCAACAAUGUUGCCCAGUCGUUUGACGUCACUUAUUCCAGGGUCGCCCUGACCACGGGUUUGUAUAUGAUGGGUAUGGGAGUCGGUAGUGUUGUCUUCUCCCCUACAGCUAUUCUCUUCGGGAAACGACCCGUCUAUCUAGCUUCAGCAGUAAUGUUCAUCCUAACUUCUACCUGGUGCGCUCUGGCACCCAGCUACGCCCAGUUGGCAACCGCAAGGGUUUUUCAGGGAAUAUCUGUAAGCCCUGUGGAAUGCUUACCAUCUGCCACCAUUGCAGAAAUCUUCUUUCUACACGAGAGAGCGUUUCGUGUGGGGAUAUACACCCUUCUGCUUCUUGGUGGCAAGAACUUGGUACCCCUGGUGAGCGCCGUCAUCAUCAAUGCAAAAGGAUGGAGAUGGGUAUUUUGGGUUGUCACGAUUGCAGCUGGCUUCGGCCUACUCAUCCUUUUCCUUUUCGUUCCCGAGACUUUUUGGGAUCGGACUCCGAGACCAAAAUCAAGGAGACCAACCGUUCAUCGAAGCUGGUCCAACAUUCUACAUCCUUUGCAUCAGAACAAAGACAAUGCAGCCGGGCAUCUGCCACUUAACAGCAUCACGCUCCAAGCGGCUAUCGAGAAAGCCAUGACCCCGAGACAACACCGGCUGCACGAGCAAAAUGCACACGCCAGAUUUGAGGACGAGAUUGAAGACGACAAACUUGAGCAGCAUGAAGUGGAGGUGAAAGACUAUUCGGAAACAAAAUCUUCUCCCAAACAUCGUCACAGUGAUCCCGACGGGGAGCCUCUCAAAGACCCGGCAUCCGCAACAGACGGUGCAGACGACGUGAAAGACACAGAAGAUGUCAAUCAAGCAGAUGCUGCAGAAACAGGACCGAUCCCACAGCCAGAACCCGUUGUCCUUCCUCGAAAGAAGCUCAAGCCCACGGGGUUGUCUUUGCCGCCUUCGCCAGAUCCUCGCUCCUUCAGUAGACCCUGGGACGGGACUCACAGUGGUAGGCCGCUGACUUUACCCCCGGGCUCGAAGCCCCCCUCAAGCUCUAGAAGCGGCGAGGAAAGAUUUUCUGAGAAUGAUCCCGCCGUCCCACAUUUGCAUAACCUCAAUUCCCCAUACUACAUCGAGCUCGAAAGGACUGACGACUAUAUUGGGCACCAUGCAGUUCCUGAAAUACGAAGCGAUGAAUCAAGGGACCCAAACCCAGACGUGGCGAGAUCCGACACCGUCGUCACACUACCUGGCACUCCCAUCAGUUUGGAAAAGUCGGCAUCCAGGAGCAUCAACGAAGGCAUGGCCUCCCCCAAGGUGUUGCGCUACACCACCAAUCUCAAGCAUUCGCCACCAAAAUCUUAUGUUGAGACCCUUCGACCGUGGAACGGGAGGCUGUCCAAGGCCAAUUGGUUUCUCGUUGCUCUUCGGCCUUUCGUGCUGUUUGCUUAUCCAAGCGUCCUUUGGUCGACGCUGGUAUACUCUUUGUCGAUUGGCUGGCUGAUUGUGUUGUCGGAGGCGAUAUCUAACGUCUACCGCAACCGAGAUACGUACAACUUUACCGCUCUCCAAGCUGGGUUGGUUUAUCUUUCGCCAUUUGUUGGCGGCAUUCUGGGCACCGCAGUCGCUGGGCGGGUGUCCGACGUCAUUGUUCGUUUCAUGGCUCGCAAGAACGGCGGCGUAUACGAACCCGAAUUUCGGCUCGUUAUGGCUAUUCCGGUCGCCCUCAGCACCGCUGUCGGUCUGAUGGGCUUCGGGUGGUCUGUGCAAGAACGAGACGCAUGGAUUGUCCCGACCAUCUUCUUCGGCGUCAUUUCCUUCGGCUGCUCCCUAGGAAGUACCACGUCCAUCACCUUUUGUGUUGAUAGCUACAGGCAAUAUGCUGGCGAAGCGCUAGUGACAUUGAAUUUCAGCAAGAACAUCUUUCACGGGCUCGUGUUUAGCCUGUUCUUUGCCAACUGGCUGGAAGAUGACGGGCCCAAGACCACCUUCUUAGCCAUUGGAGCUAUUCAGAUCGCUUGUAUGCUCACGGCCAUCCCAAUGUACAUUUAUGGGAAGAGGGCCAGGAUGUGGACUGUCAGAAGAGGGUUCAUGGAAAACUUUUGAGGGGACAGACUGCGUGCUUGAGGUGACGUUGAAGCUGGGCUUAUUGGCAGAGUGGCUUGACAGCCGUGGAAGAUACAGUGGUUUUGCGGCGUGAACUGGAGCAUUCCCUGUGGUUUGACGAAGACGGUGCGGGUGUUUUGCAUUUGAUUGACGUGGAUGAUCACGUCUCUGGCGUUUCAGCAUAGCGAUGGCGUUGGUUUACUUUUCUGUUCGAGACGAACCAUGACGACCGCGCCAUGAUCAGGGGAUCCAGUCCUUUUGGCGGUGUAUGAGCAUCAGUUGACCGGCAUGACUACAACGAAUGAAGAUCCCGGGAAAAUCAGACGAUUAGAUGGGGUUUGGCUUUGGGAGCGAGUUGCAUCACUUGGCAUGGCAUGGCAUGGUAUGGGAUAGCAUAACAUGGCGUGAGGAGGCGCUUGACCGCCAUUCUUCGUGGCCAACCUAAAGAACCCCGGACCUGAAGUAUAAUAGAGACACGGUAUCUAAGAAAGAACACGAGAACCUACCUAGAUAGGCAACUAAUUACAGUUCUGCAGGUGGAGUUGGAACAGGGGUUUCUUCAGGGGGACAUGUACAAUCAUAAUAUACCUUUUGUUCUCACGACGAUGGUGCUGUGGUGAGAUGGUGAUACGGUGCUGGUACUCUAUGGAGCCCUCGUCAAAGUCGAAGCUGAGGAUUAGAGCAGGGUUGAUUUUCCAUGAUCUUCCGUAGAUACGUCCAUUUUCAUGUCUUCC